AUGAAUCUGUCCCUCAUUGACCCGUUCGUCCUGGCCCAGGACUACCCGGACACAUUAACGGAGAAGCUGAGAAGUGGCCAUGCGACAUGUCUACGCUUCAAUCACACCGGCGACUAUUUAGCAUCGGGACGGGUGGAUGGUACUGUUGUGAUCUUUGACAUUGAGACGAACGGUGUGGCGCGCAAACUGCAGGGUCAUACCCGCCAAAUCCAGUCUCUGAGCUGGUCUAGAGAUGGGCGGUAUCUCCUCACCUCAUCCCAGGACUGGAAGUGCAUCUUGUGGGACUUGAAGGAUGGCUCGCGUAUUCGCACGGUCAGAUUCGAGGCACCAGUCUACAUCGCCGAGCUACACCCUUUUAACCAUCUCCUCUUUGUGGCCUCUCUCUUCGAAGACCAGCCUAUCCUUGUCGAUGUCUCUUCCCGAAAACCUAUCAAGCGCAUUCUCCCCUCAGCACCCCUCCGUCCUCAACCCACAAAUGGUGAAGAAUUCGAUCCCGCAGUUGCAGCAAAGCAAGCAGCGCAGGAUGCGAAGCACUCGACCUGUGUCACUGUUUUCACGGCGUUUGGAAACCACAUCAUCGGAGGAACUUCAAAAGGGUGGAUCAAUAUCAUUGAGACAGAGACGUGCAAGACGAUCCACUCCAUGCGGCUUUGCAAUGGUGUCGUGAUUUUGCUACGUCUCGCCAGCAACGGACGAGACCUGCUUGUCAACAGCUCGGACCGUGUGAUCCGCACAGUACUAAUGCCAGAUCUGUCCCAACUUGGCAUCGGCCUCGAGCCAUCGAGCAUCAAGCUCCAAGUGGAACAUAAAUUCCAAGACGUGGUGAAUCGCCUAAGUUGGAAUCACGUUACAUUCUCAUCAACCGGUGAAUUCGUCACCGCCACAACAUUCAUGAACCCAGAUAUCUACGUCUGGGAGCGCAGCCACGGAUCUCUAGUCAAGAUCCUCGAAGGGCCCCGCGAGGAGCUCGGCGUCGUCGAAUGGCACCCUUUACGACCAAUGGUAGUCGCCUGUGGCCUGGAGUCCGGCUGUAUCUACACAUGGUCAACCGUCAGCCCCCAGAAAUGGUCAGCCUUGGCCCCUGACUUCGGCGAAGUCGAAGAAAACGUGGAGUAUGUCGAGCGCGAAGAUGAGUUUGAUGUCCACCCAGCCGAACAGGUGCACCAGCGCCGCCUCGAUCUGGAAGACGAGGAGCCCGACGCAGUAACCCUCGACCCGGUCAAGGAUAACCUCGACGCAGAGACGGCCGGUGCAUUCGGUGUGCCCGUCCUCUUGGAUAUCUCCGACAGUGAGAGUGGGGAAGAUAUCAUUGCCGUUGGCCCGGGCACCAUGCGGCGUCGCACUCCUGGUGGAACUGCUGACGCUGAUAAAGACAGCCGGGCUGGCACGGGACGAAACCGUCGGCGGUGA